GAGAGAGAGAGAGAGAGAGAGACAUUGUGGCUCUGAUUUUGCAUCAGCGCGCGCGCGAGAGAGAGCGAGCGAAAAAGAGAGUGCGCGAGAGAUAGAGAGAGAGAAAAAGAGAGUGCGCGAGAGUGGGGAGGGGAAAAGUUCGACACGGACUAUCCCGCAGAAACUUUUUUCUUCUUCUCUUUCUCCGUGGAAGAAGCCUCUGGAAAAAAAAACAAAAGAAAAAAGACAAGGAGGACAAAAAGCCUACAUUGGAUUACAUUUCGGAUUGUGUCGCAACACAGGAAUUCCAACCUGGACACGUAAAGGCAUUUAUUCACGGAUCAAUGUGGUCGCAAAUUUGAGGAUUUAUAAUUCGUUGAAGAGGCGAGGAGAGGUGAGGUGUUUAUCGGAGGAGUGAGACCAUGUGGCUUCUCUGCUCCAGUCUGACGCUGUUGGCCAUCAGCUUGGGAUCAUGUGACACGCUGACGUCAGAGCAAGAUGUACAGUGCCCGGAUUUACAAGUGGAUGAGUGGAAGUUUCCUCAGUCUGCAAGGAACAAUAUAACAGGCUUCAAUCUGGUGAGGCGAUUCUCACUGCUCAAGAGUGCAGAUGUCAAGAAGAUCCGCAACCCCCGUGGACCAGUCAUCCUCCGCCUGGGUAAAACAGCACUCCUACGCCCAACAGAUCAGGUAUUUCCUCAUGGUUUACCUGAGGAGUUCACCCUGAUCUUCACCCUGGCAUUGAAGAAAGCCGCCCUGAGAGACACCACCUACCUCUUCCAGAUCUCUGAUGAGCAGGGGUACCCACAGCUUUCCGUAGACCUCAACGGCCCUGACGGCACCCUGUCUCUGCGUGCCAGGGGGGCAGACCCUGCCGCUGACCUAGUGAGCUGCGUUUUCUCCGGGGAGGGGGUGGAAGCCCUGAUGGACUUGCGUUGGCACAAGGUGGCCCUCAGUGUGCAACAAGAAUCAGUAUCACUCCACGUGGACUGCAGCUCCAUUGAGACCAAACCGAUGGACCCCCGUGGACCUGUGCCCACUGAUGGACACACUCUGCUGGGCGUCCGGGCUGCAGACGCUGGAUCUGUGCAGAUGGACAUUCAGCAGGUGAUGCUGUAUUGCGACCCCUCCCUCGCCAUUCAAGAGGCCUGCUGUGAGAUCCCUGGGGCACGGUGCCCACCGGACACUCCCAAGAACCGCCGUGCUGCAGAGAACGACCUUUUGGAAAACACCUUUAACCAGGACAGUUUCUCAUCCCAGGCUCUGGCAGAGAAAUGUGCUGGUUGUUUACUCCUGAAUAGGGAAGAGAAUGUUGUCAAUCUUGGUGGAGUUGCCGGCUUGAAAGGGGAAAAAGGUGACCGGGGUGAUGACUGUUCUGGCUCCCAUUCAGGCCCUUGCUCACAUGGACCCAGGGGCCAGAAGGGAGAGCCGGGAUCACCUGCCAACUGGGCUGAAGCAGCUGGGUACAAGGGUGAAAAAGGUCAGAAGGGAGAGCUAGGCCCACAUGGUCUCACAGGCACUCCAGGGAAGGACGGUCGAGCAGGGUCCAUCUGUGUGGUCGGACCCAAAGGACAAAAGGGUUUCCCAGGUUUGGUGGGUCCUGAGGGUUUGGCUGGGGAGCCAGGGAAGCCAGGACUUCCAGGCCUACCUGGAAUUGGAAAGCCAGGCUUACCAGGCCCUCCUGGAGAACCGGGUGGUGCAAAAGGAGACAAGGGAGAUUCUGGAUCGAAAGGAGAAGAUGGAUCACCAGGAGAUCCGGGCCCAAGAGGACCAGGGGGGUCUAAGGGAGAUAAGGGUGACCCAUGCGAAGUGUGCCCCGUGUUGCCUGCAGAUUUAGGCAACACAGUGGCUCUUCAAGGGAAGCCAGGCCCAAAAGGAGAGCCUGGAUCACCAGGCAUGGGAGAGAGAGGACUGCCUGGUGCAGAUGGCAAAGGAGGACAGAAGGGAGAAUCCGGAUCAGAUGGCGCCAAAGGAGAAAAGGGAGAGGCAUGUUCUGUGUGCCCCACUCUUGGAGAGUUACCCCCUAAUGUCCCUGGGGUGGUGGGUCAAACCCUGAAGCAGAAGGGUGAGAAGGGAGAGCCUGGGAUUGGUCAGACAGGAGAGCAAGGGGAACCAGGAAAUGUGGGACCACCUGGCCUUACUGGGAAGAAGGGUGAGGCAGGCAGCAGAGGAGCUGAUGGUAAGACGGGAAAACCUGGACAAAGAGGACCGAGUGGCAAAGAUGGGAAGACAGGCACAAAGGGAGAGCCAGGACUGCCUGGUCUCGCCACUCAAGGAAUUAAGGGUGAGAAGGGCGAGUGUGGCGUGUGCCAGCUGUCCGAGGUUGGAAGCGGACCUGCCGGAUACAAAAUGCCUGAGGGAAUUACCGGCACGCCAGGUGAACCGGGCCUUCCAGGUCCACCCGGACCUCCAGGUUUUGGAGCUAAUGGCAAACAGGGUCCACCAGGUGCUGCUGGGACUAAAGGAGGAAGGGGGGAUCAAGGAGAUAAAGGUGAUAAUGGUUUGGACGGAGCUCCUGGAGUCCCAGGACUACCCGGAGAGCCUGGUAGAGAUGGACUAUUGGGUUUCAAGGGAGAGAAGGGUGAUGCUUGUACCAGCUGUCCUUCUCUGGGAUCUGCAGGGGGUGAUGGUGUAACUAUGCCAGGCCCCAAAGGAGAGAGAGGAGAGCCCGGUCCCCCAGGACAAGGAAAGCCUGGAAAAAAUGGAAAAGCUGGCUUACCAGGUGUGCAGGGGCCUGCAGGUCCCAAAGGAAGCAAGGGAGAAACUGGAGCUGCAGGAAUCGGGCUUCCAGGACCUCAAGGUGAGGAGGGACCAAGAGGAGUCCCAGGACUUGCGGGACCUCCUGGAGCUAAAGGAUUGACUGGACCUGUUGGCCCUGCUGGAGAACAGGGCUCCAAUGGAGAGGUCGGGCUUCCAGGACCGCAGGGGCCUGUCGGCAUUGGAAUAGCAGGGCCACCGGGUAGAGAUGGAGCCUCCGGCGCGAAUGGACUGCCAGGAGCUGAUGGCAGACCUGGGCUUGAUGGCGCUAAGGGGGACAAGGGACUACCUGGGGAUUGUAACUGCAUUAUCCCAGUGCACACCAGCGUAGGAGGACCCGGAGCUCCAGGAACUCCAAUAAACACUUGGCAGCCCGGGCCUCAGGGUCCACCAGGACCUCCUGGCCCUCCUGGCCCACCUGGGCCUCAGGGUGUUAAUGGAAUCCAAGGACCACAGGGUAUCCCUGGAAACGACGGGAUACCGGGGAACCCGGGUUCACCUGGCUACAGAGACCCCAUUGGACCGUUUGAUCAUCCACGAGACUCUACAGAAGGACCUGGUGAUGAGGACUGUGGUGAUGACUGCUCCAAAGGGUUGCCGGGGGUGCCAGGUAAUGCUGGUGCCAAGGGAGAGAAAGGAGAUGAGGGCAAGCCUGGUGUCCCCCCGUUGGAGAACUGUGACAGGUGUUUGGAGAAGCUGCAGAGAGAGCAGGCGACACAAGCAGUGGGUGAUCCACCCCGUACAGGAGCUCCUGGAGUUCCAGGAACUCCUGGCUCACCUGGAGGAAGAGGAGAGCCAGGUACACCAGGAGAUAGAGGCCCAGCUGGAAUGCCGGGAAACUUGGGACCUCCUGGUUUCCCAGGUCCACAGGGUUCAUCUGGUUCACCUGGUCAGCAGGGCGAGCGAGGGUCACCCGGCCUCACUGGAAUGAAGGGCGAGCAGGGCUCUUCUGGGACACCCGGGUAUCCAGGAAGUAUGGGACCACCUGGACUGCCUGGUCUGAAGGGCGAGCGUGGGAGCACAGGAACGAGUGGUCAGAAAGGAGAAUCAGGUUCUCCUGGAAACCCUGGGUACCAAGGAUCAGCCGGCUCACCGGGCAUUAAAGGAGACACAGGACCAGCAGGGCCGGCUGGUGCUAAAGGGGAAUCGGGUUUCCAAGGACAACCAGGAUUUCCAGGACUACCAGGUCCUCCUGGUCUUGCUGGAAAAUCAGGAAGAGAAGGUGUCUCAGGGCUCAAAGGUGAAAAAGGCAAUGAUGGCCAUCAAGGCUCUCAAGGACCAACAGGACCCCCAGGCUCUCCAGGCUCACCAGGGCUGAUGGGACCCCCUGGCAUUGAGGGAAUGGAUGGAAAAGAUGGGAAACUAGGGCUAAGGGGUGAAGCAGGCCCUCCAGGCCCAGCGGGACCUCGAGGAAUCCCGGGAUUCAAAGGGAAAACUGGCCAUACUGGCUUCCCAGGACAGAAGGGUGAAGCUGGACCAUCAGGUCCACCUGGAGCUUCGGGCAGGCCGGGUCAUGAGGGGGACCCGGGUAACCCAGGAACUCAGGGACGACCUGGACCUUCUGGUCACAUAGGUGCUACAGGUCCAGCAGGCCCACCAGGACCUUCUGGUCCCUCAGGAGUGGGAAUUAAAGGAGACAAAGGCCAAACUGGUGAGAGGGGUAUUCCAGGAAUGGGAGGAGCCCCAGGACCACCAGGACACCCAGGGUCUAUGGGUGAGCCUGGCAAUGACGGUGCUGCGGGUAAAGAUGGAGCGGCGGGCCUGCCAGGGGACAGCGGGCAGCCGGGUCAAAAGGGUGAGCAAGGUUCCCAAGGCCUUAGAGGUCCUGCUGGAGAGAGAGGUAGACCGGGGCUUCCAGGUGGUGGGGGUUAUCACUCCAAGGAUGCACAGCCCAUGAUUGGCCACGCCGGACCCAGAGGAGAGAGGGGAAGCCCGGGCUCAGAUGGAACCCCAGGACUCCCUGGAACUCCAGGGUCACCGGGAAAUGAUGCUGUAGUCAACUAUGAUGAAAUCAAGAACUUCAUCCGCCAGCAGGUCAUCAAGGUCUUUGAUGAGAGAAUGAGCUACUACAUGUCUCGAAUGCAGACACCAGUAGAGAUGGCAUCCCCAGGUAGGCCCGGGCCCCCAGGAAAAGACGGAACGCCAGGUAUUCCUGGAUCCCAGGGAGCACCAGGCAUGCCUGGACAAAUUGGCAGACAAGGUCGGCCAGGAGGCCCAGGACCCUCAGGGCCACGAGGACCAAGUGGAGAAAAAGGAGAUAAGGGUGUGGGUGAGAUGGGAGAUGUCGGACCACCAGGAGCACCAGGUGUCCCAGGCCCUCCAGGUUACGGUAAGAUUGGACCCCCAGGACCCGUCGGCCAGCAGGGUGUUCCGGGGAUCCCAGGCCCCUCUGGACAGCCUGGUUCAAAAGGACAUGAUGGCCGCUGUAAUCCUGGCGACUGUAUGAGCCAUCAAGUAGAGUACAGCCCCAAGGGCCCACAUGUCAAGGGCCCCUGGUAAGAGGGCUGGAGGUGAUGCAGGAGAGGGGGACUGAACCAAAGGGACUACAAAGAAGACAGGAAGACCCAAAGAUAUUAAACCUGACCACAAGAUGUAAUAAAGAAGCCCUUUGUUGUUGAAUUGUAAAGAUUAACCUACAGAUUUCCUCUGCAGAUGUGAGCAAAACCCCUUUUUUUUAUUAUGCCCACUGGAAUGAGGCCUGCAAAGAAGCACCAGCAGCACAUUUUUUUUAUUGCAUCAUUCUUUUUGCGACUACAAAAUCAUUGCUACAUUACCGCCUUUGAUUGUUGUCCUGCCUCUUUCCUCUCUGUGUUUCACUCCUUUUGUACAUCUUCAAACAACCAAGGGGAGGUGACAUGAAUCACAAUCUAUAUUUACAUCCCUUUUAUUAAUUCUGGCCUCUUUUCUUUCUCUAUCUUAAUCUGUAGGAGGAGAACAUACACAAUUAUUGUAGAAACUUUUCCACCACUCGUAUCUUUUUUCCCCUCCUAUCUCACUGAAUCCCAUUUAGGACGCAUCUCAUGCAUUUCUAAUAUUCCGUUUGUGUGAUGUGAUAUGUAUGUGAAUUUGGCCUUAUGAACUUCCCAAAGAAAUGUAUUCCAGUUCAGUCAAAACAGAUGUCCAAACUGUGCAUUCAACCCUCUUUCAUGGAAUUGACUGUCUUGUAUAUAUUUAUAUUUAUAUAUAGUGGCUUUUUAUACUUUUUCAACAGAUUUGAUAAAGGACUUUUGCAUGGUCAGCCACUUGUUUUUCAUUCAUUCUCAGUGGAUAGAAAGCAACAGAAAAUGCCAGAGGGAUACAUUUUCAGAUCUAUAAGCUUUAAAAAACGGAAAACUGUGUUCAGUAACAGGCAAAUUAUUUAUAGAAAAAAAAAUGUUUACCCAGGAUAUCAUAUUGGCUUUUGUAAUUAUGUCACUUAAGUUGAUUUUUGUCUCAUUUUAACUCCCGUCUUUUUUGGGAAAAACAGCAAUUCUAAAGCAUUUCAUCUCAUUGUGUAUUCCAAAGUAGCGGAUACAGCCAUCUGUCUGCUUCACCAGGCAUUUGUUUAAGAAGAUGAGCGCAAUAAUUCAGCUCAUUCUCCAUAUGUACUGCGAUACAACUCACUGAGCAUGUCCUCCCAACUCUCACAAUCUGAAGAGAAAAUAUUCUGGAAAGCAUCACAAGAAAAGCUUUUGUUGUGUGUCAUAUGAAUGUAUAUUAAGGCUGUCUUUUUAAAUAUUUUUUUUAUUUGGAAGUAUAUGGAGUUUUAAAUCACAACCACUUCUUUCAUCUCUAGUUUAAUCAGCAGUUUGAACUUUGACCUUUGUUUUUCACAAGCCCAACCAUUGGAUAUAUUGACCUUAAGCUGAAUAAAAUGUGCUUUUCAAAGA